AUGAGCAACAUCGUCCCCGUGUGGCAGCAAGUGGCAGGGCCCAGGCCUCUCCCCGACCCCAGGCCCAGGCCUCUCCCCGAGCCCCGGCCUCUCCCCGACCCCAGGCCCAGGCCUCUCCCCGACCCCAGGCCCAGGCCUCUCCCCGACCCCAGGCCCAGGCCUCUCCCCGACCCCAGGCCCAGGCCUCUCCCCGACCCCAGGCCCAGGCCUCUCCCCGACCCCAGGCCCAGGCCUCUCCCCGAGCCCCGGCCUCUCCCCGACCCCAGGCCCAGGCCUCUCCCAACCCCAGGCCCCGGCCUCUCCCCGACCCCAGGCCCAGGCCUCUCCCCGAGCCCCGGCCUCUCCCCGACCCCAGGCCCAGGCCUCUCCCCGAGCCCCGGCCUCUCCCCGACCCCAGGCCCAGGCCUCUCCCCGAGCCCCGGCCUCUCCCCGACCCCAGGCCCAGGCCUCUCCCCGAGCCCCGGCCUCUCCACGACCCCCGGCCCCGGUCCCGGCCUCUCCCCGACCCCGACCCCAGGCUCCGGCCUCUCCCCAACCCCAGGCCCCGGCCUCUCCCCGAGCCCAGGCCCAGGCCUCUCCCCGAACCCGACCCCAGGCCCCGGUCCCGGCGUCACCCCCACUCCAGCCCCGGCCCCAGGGUCUCUCUCCCCGGCCCCGGGCUCAGGUCCAGGUCUCCUCCCCGCGGCCCCGGUGUCAGGCCCCGGCGGCUUCGGCAAAGGCCGCCCGUUACCCAAAGGCCGUGAACUGCUCAGGCACCAGCGGAAGGAUUCUGAGGGUUUUUCCGAGUCUCCCGACCUCGAGUUUGAAUACGCAGACACCGAUAAAUGGACUGCAGAGCUGUCCGAACUAUACAGUUACACAGAGGGCCCUGAACUGCACCUGAACAGAAAAUGCUUCGAAGAAGACUUCAGGACUCACGUGAAAGACAAGAAAUGGACGGAGGUGGAUAUUUGCGAACACAGAGCUCAUGCCAUGAGGCUGCUGGAUGGCCUGGAGGUCACCGCAAGGGAAAAGAGACUGAGAGUGGCUCGAGCGAUACUCUACGUGGCACAAGGGACCUUUGGGGAAUGUAACUCCGAGGCCGAGGUGCAGCAGUGGAUGCGGUACAAUGUCUUUCUUCUCCUCGAGGUCGGCACCUUCACGGCUCUGGUUGAGCUGCUCAGCAUGGAGAUCGACAACAGUGCUGCCUGUAGCAACGCAGUGAGGAAGCCGGCCAUCUCUCUGGCUGACAGCACAGAUCUCAGAGUGCUGCUGAACAUCAUGUACCUAAUGGUGGAGACGAUCCGUCAGGAAGCAGACGAGGAUAAGUCGGAGUGGAGAACAAUGAGGGAGGCCUUCAGAGCUGACCUAGGUUUGUCCCUUUAUAACAACGAGCUGUUCUCGGUCAUGCUGUUCGGCAUGGUGACCAAGUUCUGCAGCGGCCACGCUCCUCACUUCCCCAUGAAGAAAGUCUUGCUGCUGUUGUGGAAGAGUGUUUUGCUGUCCCUGGGGGGGUUUGAGGACCUGCAGGAGAUAAAGGUCAGGAAGCGAGAAGGGUUGGGGCUCCCACCACUGCCUGAAGACAGCAUCAAAGUCAUUCGUAACAUGAGGGCCGCCUCGCCCCCGGCCUCAGCCUCCGACCUGAUAGAGCAGCAGCAGAAGCGAGCCCGCAGGGAGCACAAGGCACUCAUGAAGCAGGACAACCUGGACGCUUACAACGAGAAGGAUCCGUACAAGACGGACGACCCCCGGGAGGACGAGGACGAGAACGACGAGAACGAUAACUCGAUCGAGGCGGAGCCCUUCCCGUUGGAGAGGGACGAGGUGAUGCCACCGCCCAUCCCGCACCCGGCCUCAGAACGCUUGUCUUACCCAAAGGGUCUUCCUUGGGCUCCUAAAGUCAGAGAAAAAGACAUCGAAACCUUCUUGGAAUCGAGCAGAAGUAAAUUCAUCGGCUACACGUUAGGAAAUGAUACAGACACCGUUGUCGGAUUGCCAAGACCCAUCCACGAAAGCAUCAAAACCCUAAAGCAGCACAAAUACACCUCAGUGGCAGAGAUUCAGAUCAAGAAGGAGGAUGAAUACCUGAAGAAGCCGCUCUCUGGGGGAGAAGAGGAAGUUGAACAGAGUCCUGCUGAAAUCCUGUACCAGGUACUGCCCAGCCUGCCUCAGUACAUGAUUGCUUUACUAAAGAUUCUACUAGCUGCCGCUCCGACCUCCAAAGCCAAGACCGACUCGAUCAACAUUCUUGCCGAUGUUCUGCCGGAGGAAAUGCCCACCACCGUACUGCAAAGCAUGAAGCUGGGAGUGGAUGUGAACCGGCACAAAGAGAUUAUAGUGAAAGCCAUCUCCGCUGUCCUGCUAUUGCUGCUUAAACACUUCAAACUCAACCACAUCUACCAGUUUGAAUACAUGGCCCAGCAUCUGGUGUUCGCAAACUGCAUUCCACUCAUCCUAAAGUUCUUCAAUCAGAACAUCAUGUCCUACAUCACAGCCAAAAACAGUAUCUCGGUUUUGGAUUUUCCGUACUGUGUUGUACAUGAACUCCCUGAGCUGACGGCAGAGAGCUUGGAAGCGGGUGAUAAUAACCAAUUCUGCUGGAGAAACUUGUUCUCGUGCAUCAACCUCCUUCGAAUCCUCAACAAACUGACCAAAUGGAAGCAUUCCAGGACCAUGAUGCUGGUGGUGUUUAAGUCGGCUCCGAUCCUGAAGCGGGCGCUGAAAGUGAAGCAGGCGAUGAUGCAGCUGUACGUGCUGAAGCUGCUGAAGGUGCAGACCAAGUACCUGGGCCGCCAGUGGCGGAAAAGCAACAUGAAGACCAUGUCAGCCAUCUACCAAAAAGUGAGGCAUCGGCUGAAUGACGACUGGGCCUACGGCAACGAUCUUGACGCCCGGCCUUGGGAUUUCCAGGCUGAGGAAUGUGCCUUGAGAGCCAAUAUAGAACGUUUUAAUAACCGCAGAUACGACAAGAACCCCAGCAACCCAGACCUGGCUCCGGUGGACAACUGCUUACAAAGUGUCCUGGGACAGCGCUUGGACCUGCCGGAGGAAUUUCAGAUAAACUAUGAUCUGUGGCUGGAAAGGGAAGUGUUCUCUAAGCCCAUCUGCUGGGAAGAGCUGCUACAAUAACCCUGGAACUCGUUUCUGUUUGACGCUCAGCGGUGGGAGUCAUUUUUUUUUGUCGUCUUGUGAAACGCAGCCGCAGUCCUCCUCAUGAGCAUUAUUUACUAACGGUUUCUUUGACAGGUGGCACGAGAUUAUGCCGUAAAAGCUUGAUUUAUAAUCUCGGGAAUACCUGCUACAAGCCAACAUACAUUUUAUAUCUAAUAUGUAUAUCUAUGUAGAUAUAUAUAUUAAAAAAAAAGCUUUUGAACUUGUGAUAAAGGGAAAGGGAACCCAUUAAGCAGCAGGCUUCAUUGGGGUGAGCUGUGGUACCUCUUCGUGCAGGUUACGAUAUUGCUUACAUUUUGUUAGUGAUAAUAAUAGUAAACCUUGCAUUUGAUAUAGAGCCUCAUCUCCUCUUCGAGAUAUUAUAACCUCUUCAGUGAUCUUGCAGUCACGUCUGGAGAGAUGUGUUCCUUAACCAGAUAUAAAAUUGCACAGGACCAAAUUCGCGUCACUUCAGUUCUGUCGAAUUCCAAAGGAACAAGGCUAUCCAUAUGGUCCCAUCAUGCAGAAUUCCUGACUGGAACACAAUCUUGAUUCAAACAUCUGGUAAUUCCACGAUAAUUAUCUUUAACAAGCGCUGAAUCUAGUUGCUUCACUGCCAAGAAACUAGAACGCUUUCAUCCCCAAUCAAGUUUUUUUUCUCAAUUGUGGAGUCCUGUAGUUCAGUGGUUAGAGCACUUGCCUCGCAAGCGAGAGGACCCGGGUUUGAUUCCUGGGCAGGGCGAAAUGUUGGGCAAGUUUCCUUAAUCCACGCGCCUUUGUUUACCAGUAGUAAGUAGGAACCCGUUUGUUAGUCGUUUGGCGGAUCGCUUUUCCGGGGAUAAU